UGUAUCGCGGGUUUCUUCGCCGAUUUGGGGUUUCUAGGGUUUAGAGUUCCAAUCCUCCGGCGAAGCCCUCCGCCCCUCGCCACCAUUCUUCUCCUCUUUCCCUCUUUCUCCUUCUAGCUCCCGCCAUGAGCCGCUCGGGUCAACCUCCGGAUCUUAAGAAGUAUAUGGACAAGAAGCUUCAGAUAAAACUGAAUGCCAACAGGGUUGUUGUUGGUACACUCCGUGGUUUCGAUCAAUUUAUGAAUCUUGUCAUUGAUCAAACUGUUGAGGUGAACGGCAAUGAGAAGAAUGACAUUGGAAUGGUGGUUAUUAGGGGAAACAGUGUGGUUAUGAUCGAAGCUCUGGAACCCGUCGGCAGAACCCAGUAGUAGUAGUAGUAUUAGCGGUGACGGCGUCAAUGUCUCAAAUUUUAUUUCUUCUGAACUUAUGUAUUGAAUUGGUCUGGCUGACCAACAGUUUCAUGUAAUUCUUACUCUCUGAAGGUUUGAGCAUGAACAUUUGGUUUGUUUUUAUGUAGACUAAAUGGUUGGUCAUUCAGAUGUGUUAGCGAAUUGAUGAAUUCUAUCAAGCUUGUGCUUGUGAUUUGCCAUUGAAACACUGCAGCAUAUGCAUUCCUUUUGCUUUGUA